CAUCCCACCAGCCAGCUACACCAGCAAGGCCGGGCAGUGAAAGUUCUCUAGAGGGGUACAGGCACUGAGGUACCGCAAUAUGCCUCGCAAUGUCACCGUCAUCCAGACCACUACCAGCAGCAGCAACGUCCCAAUGGGAAGCCCGGGCUUAUUGGACAGAGGUUACUGCAGGUCUUACGCGGCUAUACUGAAGAUAUGUCAGAUGCUGACCUUGUUGAUUGGGUUCCUUUGCGUGAGACUGACAGUCUUUUCUAUUUUAAGCGUCUUCUGUUACUUUCAAGUUGUCACCAUUUGCUUCAUGAUUGUAAUCUUCAUCUUUUAUGUGAUCAACAUAUUUCGCUUCUACAGAAUGCUGACGUGUAUUUCAUGGCCUCUGACGGAGCUGUUGCAUUAUGCGAUCGGUACUAUUCUGCUUCUGAUUGCCUCUAUAGUGGUUGCUGUCAACAAUUAUGGACGUUCCUCGCUGAUAGCUGGCUCGGUGUUUGGAUUCAUUGCCACAUUCCUCUGUACAUUGAGCAUGUGGUUAUCCCACAAAGUCUCAUUUACAGCCCAAUCAACAGGAGCUACCUUAUGACUCACUGGCCGGCAGAUGAUUCCAGAAGUGAAGACAAGUUGAACAGUUCUACAAGCACUGUCUGACAGUUUUAUCAUUUAACAAAACGAUAAUGUGUUACAGUAAAGGGUCUUUGUAGUAUCAGAUUUUCUAUCACGUUUAUGAAACCAGACAAUGAGUAGAAGUUUUGGCAGUAAAGACUGAUAAGUAUGUCAUGGAAGUCAAAAUGAAACGUUUGUGAUUCAGAUAGUGUGUGCGGUUAAAGGUAUAAAGCUUAUUGCUAAGAAAGCAUGUUCAGGUAGGCUUAGGAGCGUGCACAUAUCUUGAGCACUAUUUAGUAGCAACAAUGUUUGUAUCAGUAUUUAGUGCUCAAGAAACGUGCAUGCUCUUGAGUCUACUUCAUUAUGCUUUAUUGGAAAGGAGCUAAGUUUCAACAAGGAUACCAACAAGAAAAUGGUAAUUUAGAGAACAGUAGAAACUCUUUUUUUUUUUUUUAAUUGUAUUCUGUAGCUUAAUCACAAAAGUCUCAUAUUGACUUCAAUUUACUUUUAAGUAAAAGCUGUCUAAAUUAAAACAUGAACAUUGCUUAUAUUGACAGAGAUGACCCCCACAGUAGGUUCAUUUAUCACAGGAAUUAUUUUACAUUUUAAUGUUCCCUCUUUUUUAAUUAAAAAAAAAUGUGUACAUUGUCCCUUUUAAAGGUAAUACUAAAAAAAUAACGAAUUCUUUUUAUUUAUUAAUUUGUAAAUAAUGCAUUACAACAAUAACACAACAGGAUAUGUGACAUAAUAUAUUCAUAAUAUAUACAGUACAGUAAUAUGUACAGUAUAUGGGCAAAUAUUGUACAUUUAGAGAAAACGUUCACUUAUAAUGCAAGACUGCGUUUCACAACUGUAUCCAUUAUCUGUAAGCUGCCAUGUCAAAGAGGCUCAAAUGUAAAAUAUUAUUAAAAAAAAGAGGUAAGAGGCAACCAGCUGAUAAGGAAUCCAUUUUGUGUUUUUGUUGUUAGAAAAUAGCACAAGACAAAUGUGAAGAUUAGAAUGUUACCUUAUUAUCGUUGACACAACCAAAUCUAUGUUGUUUGGCGGAAGUGAAAAGCUAUUUGCACUAUUAGCGCUGUUCUGUGUAUCCCACACAUGAAUGAGAGUCAUAUACAUGUUUUAGUUUGCUCCUGAACUGCUUUAUCAGUUUCUCCUCUUCUUAUGCUAGAGCUUAUAUUUAUUUGUUAUUGUUUGUCAUUUAUUAUCACUUCUAUUAUUCAAGGUAAAGUAAUUAUCAAACUCCUGGUCCCAUAUGAGCAUUGGACAGUCUUUGAAGUGGGAUCUUCACUUGCUAUGGCUUUGUAUUGGAGUUCCUUUAUUUACUGUAAUCAGUUGACAAGUCACACUAUUUAUAUUCUUUUGUAAAGGUGGUGCUUUCCUAGAAAAUAGAAUAUGUUUACAGUUCCCAUCUUCUUGGUUGUUUUAUCAAUAUGUUUAUCUGUCUGUGCUGGAAGGGAAAUUAAAGGGACAUAUGCAUAGUAUUAUGGUAAUUCUUCACCUUCCUCUAGUCAUGGGUGCUGCCAUGUUGAAAUCUAUCUUUCACUGCAUUCCAGUGCUAACCUGUUUGCACAUGUGCAGUGACUCACCUUCAGAUACCUGCAGUGUUAUCUAUGUUCCAAAUGGUUACACCUAUAAUUAGAGGGAGGAGCAUGAUAUGUAUUUAGUGUUUAUUUAAAUGAAAAAAAAUAUAAUGCAAUUUAUGCACUAUUUGAACAUGUAAAUACAAUUUAUUUUUGCAUUACAAUGUUAAGUUUAUGUUAAACUGAGCUUGAAAUCAGCUUUAAAAUCAGAGGAAGCACGUUAGUGUGCAGAACAUACCAUGGGAUAUUACAUUGCUUACUGGCUGGAAGGAACAAUACACAAGCAUAAAAAUGCAAAAAAUGAUUAUUAUUAUGGAUGGGAACAUACAAGAAAAUAUAUACUGUAUAUGUGUGUGUAUAUAUAUCUAUAUAUCUAUAUAUAUUUCAAAAUGUAAUUUUUAAUGCAACAGACAUACAAAUUACUUUAAAAUCGCUUUAAGAAAAAUAUCUAAUAAAUUUGGUCUGCUAGAGGGUUUCCCAAAUGUAUUCCUGUUGCAUAUUCUCUUUUUAUUAUUCAGUUAUGUAUAGCUUUGUUUUGUAAUACAUUUCUCUGUAGUAUACAGGUGGCCCUCGGUUUACGCCGGUUCAAUUUGUGCCGUUUCAGAAUAACAACCUUUUUUUUCAGUCAUGUGCAGUAAUUAAAAUAGCCAGUAGGUGGAGCUGUCCGCUUGUUUUGCAGCAAAGUUAUGCAACUUAACAGGUCUGAAAUUGAUCUGUGUACACAGAAAAGACAUUAGCUAUCGAGCAGCCACUUCCCUAUUAUCUUCCUGUCCAGCAGCUUCAGGUGAGGGUGUCUAACUGCCUAUAAAUCACUGCAGAUUGAAAUGCAUAGAAUAGGUGCAGACCCAAUAUUAUCUAACAUACAUAUUAGGUGCUGUUAGCAAAUGUUUUUGUUCAUUAAAUUUAGUUUGAUGAUGAUACAAUCUAUAUUAUUAGAUUUAUAAUGCUGUUUAGCAUUUAAAGUCUUCAUUUCAAAGCUUUAAAAAUGUUUUAGGUGUUACUUAUGACAAUUUUGAGAGGGGCUUCGAACCGAACUCCCUCACUUCCCAUUGACUUACAUUAUAAACUGGGUUUCAAUUUACAACGGUUUCGAUUUACAACAAUUCCACCUGGAACCUAACCCCGGCGUAAACUGAGGGCUACCUGUAUUUUAAUUUCUAAGGCACUAUAGUGCUUACUGUGCUUUUUCACUGCUACUUUAGAGGCAGUAGUUUAAAGGAACAGAAAACAUCUUAUAAUUACACCCCCCCCCCUAUUAAACUCUCAUGAUUCAGAUAGAGCAUACCAUUUUAACCCCUUACCUGAUGAACCAUAUCCUGAGCUGUUUUGGAGCCUUUAGAUACUUCUCCCAAUCAAGCCCUGCUUUAGGCUCACAUAUAUUAUAUAUUCUUGUUUUCAGCAGACCCAGCACCCAGCAGAUUCAAAUUAAACCAUUAUAUAUAUAUAUAUAUAUAUAUAUAUAUAUAUAUAUAUAUAUAUACUGUGUGUGUAUAUAUAUAUAUAUAUCAUAACAUGUUCAAACUUUACAACGAAAUGUGUGUGGGAAAAAUUAUAUUUUCAUUUAAAUUUUAAUAAAGAAGGCUGAAAAAUA